CUCUGUAAUUUGCAAGUCGUUAUUUAUGCAUCUGGUUUACUAAUGACACUGCAAUGAACCAGGAAAACGUGAGAAACUGGUAAUGCGCUGUCUCAAGGCGUUAUCAUGUACUUUAUAUAGUACACACUGAAUGACGAAAGAAUCUUACAGCUGUCAGCUGUAAACAAAAGAAAUGUCAUGCAAAUCUUAGAUCUGUCUCGCUUCUUCGCUUCUUUCCCUGUUGGCUAGCCAUUCAUGACAAACAGUAACCACUCGAAGCACAACUAUACUUUUCUAGGACAGUUGGUAAAUUUCUUUCAUACGACAAUGCAGGCAAUUUCUUGUUUUUCCGGACGACUGAUAUGAACUUUCAUCUAUGCCCGGUUGGCGUGCUCAUCUACUCGUAGCAAAACUUUUGUGACAUCACGUAAUUGGCUUGUCCAAGUGGGGUUUCGCAGCGUGGUUUCUUUUAUUUCUUCCCAUGAUCUUCACCUAGCCGCAGUAACGAAAAUUUGCAUUUUUUGCAAGUGAAAACUAACAAGAAUGUGGGGGUCCAGCUGAACACGAAAGUGUCGGAAACACCUUGCUAAUACACGAUGAAGUCAAUAACUAGCCGUAUUUACCUGUUUCUCGUGACAUCAUCGUUGACCAUCGCUUUACCGCCGCAGUCCGAGUUUACCUUUUACCUGUAUCCUAUGUGGAACGGCCAGAUCUAUGGAUACAGACCAAAAACUAACGAGUCCUACUUUCCUGAAGCCAUUGAGGGUAAUGUUGUAGUGAGGAAAGACGAUGGAAUACACGGUGUGUUUUUGUUCCAGAGUGAAGCUGGUGCGACAAACAGAAUCGUUCUUGGUAACCUCGAUGCAACUCUCGGUGACGUUUCAGCUUGUCCAAACUUCACAAUCUCGUUUCUUUUCAAAUUCAUCUAUCCUCUUCCCCAGGGUGAGGCAAUUCGAGUGUUCAUGACCAAUCCUGAAAGAGAGCUUCGAGCAAGCAGCAAUCCUGUUGACAUACAUUUCUUUCAAAUCGCCGACGACGUGUCCCUACACGCCAUCGUUGGAAAGCACGACAAUGUCACAGACGGCGCGCGCGUCAGCAAUAUCCCCACAAUGGACCAUUGGACUCACGCAGUUGUUGUGUACCGCGAACCGCAUGAACUGGAAACGGAGAUCUAUUUGAAUGGCUCUAGGGUACCUGCUGAUCUCUACGAAAAUCCUUUAAUUCCAGAACUGCCAGAUGCCGAGCCUUAUGAAUACACCAUUGGCGACGAUCAACUGAACGCAAGGUUGUCCCUCAGUUGGUUUCAGUUCUUCAAAGGAGCUCUAAGCGCGGAGCAGGUUCAAAACCUGUCGGAUGACACCAUCAGUCGAGCGUUGCAAGCCAAUCAAGUUGAAGUGAAAUUUACAAUCACUUCAGUAAGUGUGGAGGAAGAUGUUGAGAGCGUUGAACUUCUAGCCACGAGGAGCGGCAAUAUGGAAAUUGCGUCAGUAGUCAGUUUCAGCGCUUCAGAUGGAAACGCUAAAUUAAACAAGGAUUUCACCUUCGCGUCCAGUGACGACUUGGUUUUCAAGCCAGGAGAAGUUUAUCUCAGCAUCGAUGUUCCGAUCUUAAGUGACGACUUUACUGAAGAUGAUGAGAACUUUACGAUCUCCAUGGCAUCUAAGGAUGAUGGCGUUACCACCGUCACGCAAGGCACUGUCACGAUAACCAUCGCCAACAACACUGGCCCAGCCGGACGUGAAGCAGAUGCACAGAACAUGCAAGACGAAGAAUGUGCCGUGGAUGUAACUACCUCCUGUCUCCUUCCACUCAUUUUGCUAUGUGUAGCCAUUGGAUUGGUGGCCUUGGGGAUCAUCAUUUUGCUUUUGUUUCUUCUAACGUUAUCAAGCAGAUGAAAAACAAAGAAAUGAGUCAAGUGAAGGACUCUAUUUGAAACUUGGGUCAACCAAGAACAGGUUUCCGUCGAUUAAAUGAAUUUUAAAAGAACACUGUGGUAAUAACUAGUAAAAGGAGGAAAUCAAAUUAAUAGAACAUUGUUUUAGUUACAAGACCACAGCCCUCGUAUGUAUCAAAAAGCCACACCCAGAGGGUUUUGUAAAGGUUUGGAAAACUGGUUUCUCAGUUGUGUUCUAAACCUGUUUAACAAACUUUUAUUUCGCGUCCGGUUAAUUUCCCAAAUAUUUUUAAUAUCAGAAUUUUCAACCUAUUUUGUAUAUUGUAUCUACAUUUUUGCCUCUGUUAUGUUGCGCGCAUGCGCAGAUUGUAAUUAUAACGGUUAUGAUAGUGUCAAUAAAUGACGAAUAAUUUCA